AAGGCUUUUGCUCUGAGGGUGAAAAACGGUUCCGUUGGCAGGUUAUUGUUGAUGCUCUGACUACUGUGAUUUUUUUUACAGCCGUCCAUUUCAGCAUAUAGAUAGACAAAUAUGUAAAAUAUCAUUGCAGGUGGUCGUACAUCUGUUUAAUUGUCAGUCAGCACUAGCUGACAGGCUGGCAGGGCGUGUCUUCGUGCUUUUGUGAGGAAAUUCAAAGCUGCUUAACCUAACUAGCUAGUUUAGUUGAGCUGAGAGCUGAGAGAGCCGGUUUGUUUACCUCUAUGUGAAGCUUGAAGCGCUGCUACAGCGGUGGAUUAGACAGGUUGUGGAGCUGAAGGGAGAUGGGGUCCCUUGGUAGCCGCUUCCAGGCUGCUCCCCGAAGCCCCGAGCCAGUGGUGGAAGGCCACUGUGUGGGAAACAGGCAUGGCUGCGAGUGUAAAAAGAGGAAAAGAGCAGCACAUUGUGAGUGUGACAGCGAACCAGAGGAGGAGGACAGCCUGCUGGACACACCACGCAGGAAGAAGUUGAAAAGCACUUCUAAGUACAUCUACCAGACCCUUUUUCUGAAUGGAGAAAACAGCGACAUCCGUAUCUGUGCACUGGGCCAAGAGUGGAACCUACACAAAGUUUACUUGUGUCAGUCAGGGUAUUUCUCCAGCAUGUUCAGCGGCUCCUGGAAAGAGUCUAAUAUGAUGGUCAUUGAAUUAGAGAUCCCAGACCAGAAUAUUGAUACAGAAGCUCUGCAGGUGGUGUUUGGCUCUCUCUACAGAGACGAUGUACUGAUCAAACCCAGCAGAGUCGUCAGUAUCCUGGCUGCUGCCUGCAUGCUUCAGCUGGACGGACUGAUCCAACAGUGUGGAGAAACAAUGAAGGAAAACGUCAGUGUUAAAACUGUGUGUGGCUACUAUGCUGCUGCUAACAUGUAUGGCCUGGACUCCGUCAUGAAGAAGUGUUUGGAGUGGCUUCUCAAUAAUCUGAUGACCCAUCAGAACGUGGACCUAAUGAAGGAACUGGGGGUUGAAGUCAUUGAGCAGCUGAUUCAGUCGUCCGACCUGUUCGUCAUGCAAGUGGAGAUGGAUGUCUACACUGCUCUGAAGAAGUGGAUGUUUCUGCAGCUCAAUCCGUCCUGGGAUGGCCCCAUAAAGCAGCUCCUCGUUGAUGCGGACUCGUGGCUCUGCAAAAGAAGAAAUGAGCUAGGGGAAGAUGAGCCAUUUUUGUGCACAGAGCAGGGGCUGCCCUUCACCCCUGUCUUCAGACACGUUCGCCUGCAGUACAUCAUCAACGACCUUGCCUCUGCCCGCAUCCUCGAACGGGACAAUAUCAUUCCACCCGAUUGGUUGUCCAGUAUAUAUAAGCAGCAGUGGUUUGCCAUGCUGAGAACAGAACACGACAAUGACAACGGACCUCAAGAGGCCAAUAAGGAGGAAUUUGAGCGGAACAGCAUGCGCUGCGGCCGAAAACUGAAUAAAGAUGGAGAUUACUGCUGGAGAUGGACCGGCUUUAAUUACGGUUUUGAUCUGCUGGUCACCUACACCAACCGCUUCAUCGUCUUCAAAAGGAAUACCCUCAGCCAGCCAUGUGGGGGCGCUGUCAGCCUACAGCCACGACGACACCUUGCAUUCAGGUUACGGCUUGCUUCGUUUGACAGCAGUGGUAAGCUGAUUUGUAGUCGUUCUACAGGCUACCAGCUCCUGACUCUGGAGAAGGACCAGGAGUACGUGGUGAUGAACCUGGACAGCCGUCUCUUGUCCUUCCCGCUGUACGUGUGCUGUAACUUCCUGUACACCUCGCCCACCUCAGAGCGCCGGGCCGACGCAGGAGAACCAGAAAGCAGCGCUCGCACUGUGUCGUGAUUGAGCAGCCAGUGACCUCCAUCUUCAUCCUGUGACAUCACUUCCCACCAGCCCACCCAGCAGCCCGGCCUUGAAGAAGCCUCCCUCCUUUUUACCAUCCGAUUUAUACACCUUUUUUUUAAGUGUAUAUUAUUUGUAUGUUUUUUUAUUGUUUUAUUUCACUCCUCUAUUUAUUUCUGAAUGGUAGAGUGAGAUUUUUUUAUGAUUUUGCUGUAAUUAUCCACAGAACAAAUCAACAGUGAGUGUAUGUUUUGGUCGUGUUUUGUCAUCAUUUGUUAAGGCCUGUCUGGCUUUUUGUAAGUUUAUAAUUUUGUUUUGUGUGAAAGUUAAUAUUUUGUAAGUUCUUUUUAUGUAUAUUCUUGUUUUACUGUAUACUGUUCUGUUUUUUGUCAUGCAUUUCCUGUUUAUUCAGUGUUUUGUACUCUUUAACAGAACUGGUGCUGGCUUUUUAAAAGGUCGUCUUGUUUUGUACCAGUGUUUGCCAGUGCAGCUCCAUUUCAGGAGCAAAACUGACUGUAUUGGUUUUUGGGCAUUUCAUAUUCUCCAUGAUUCCAUAGCUGUAGUAUAUUAGAUUUGGGAUAUUUAUACAUCAUAAAGAUGACUUGCAUUUUGGACCAAAAUGACAUGGAAUAGAAAUAAAAUGGCACAGAAGAGAGA